GUUCCUUGUCCAUAGCUCCGCGACUGGCGCGCGCCGCUCAAAUGCCACUUGAUUCCGCCGUCAUUAGCGCUGAUAGCGACGCUCUCAUGUCUCCGGCUCGGACCGCGGGACGGAUUUAGUACUGAGUCUGAAUUUCAGUACAGUCGUUUAAAACGUUUAUUUUUUCCCCGCUCCUCGUCAGUAUGGUUUCGCGGUGGAGUUGUGUCUCUGUUAAAACAACAUGUCUUUUCUUUUUCGGCUUUGCUGUUAUUACCGCGCAGGGGGCACCGAGCAACGAAGUGAACCUGCUGGACUCGCGCUCUAUUAUGGGUGACCUCGGAUGGAUAGCCUACCCGAAGAACGGGUGGGAAGAAAUCGGAGAGGUGGAUGAGAACUAUGCUCCAAUUCACACGUAUCAGGUGUGCAGAGUGAUGGAGCACAACCAGAACAACUGGCUUCAGACGAGCUGGAUCCCAAACGAAGGCGCUCAGCGAGUGUUCGUGGAGCUCAAGUUCACCCUGAGGGACUGUAACAGCCUGCCCGGCGGCUUAGGCACCUGCAAAGAGACUUUCAACGUCUACUACUACGAGUCGAACGACGACGAGGACAGGAACAUCCGCGAAAGCCAGUACACCAAAAUCGACACCAUCGCGGCUGACGAGAGCUUCACUGAGCUGGAUCUGGGUGACCGAGUGAUGAAACUCAACACCGAAGUAAGAGAUGUCGGCCCUCUCACUAAGAAAGGCUUCUACCUGGCCUUCCAAGACCUGGGAGCCUGCAUCGCCCUAGUGUCUGUACGGGUCUUUUACAAAAAGUGUCCCAGCGUGGUGAAGAACCUGGCCGUCUUCCCAGAUACCAUCACCGGGUCCGACUCUUCUCAGCUUCUGGAAGUGUCUGGGACCUGCGUCAAUAACUCGGUGGCCGAGGAGCUUCCCAGAAUGCACUGCAGCGCCGAGGGGGAGUGGCUGGUGCCCAUCGGGAGGUGCAUGUGCCAAGCAGGCCACGAGGAAGUUAAUGGUUCCUGUCAAGUGUGUAAGCCUGGGUUCUACAGAUCUGCUCUGCAGACUAGGACAUGCAGUAAGUGUCCUCCUCACAGCUUCACCAAAACAGAGGGCUCCACUUCCUGUCAGUGUGAGCACGGCUACUACAGGAAGGACACGGACCCGACCAACAUGGCCUGCACAAAGCCUCCUUCAGCCCCACGCAGCGCCAUUUCAAAUGUAAACGAGACAAGUGUGUUGCUGGAGUGGAGCGCCCCGGAGGAGACGGGUGGCAGGAAGGAUGUGACCUACAGCGUGGUCUGUAGGAAGAUGAGCGCCGAGUCGAGACAGCACGAGCCGUGUGGCAGCCACGUCCGCUACCUUCCCCAGCGCACUGGCCUGAGCAACACGUCAGUCAUGGUGCUCGACCUGCUCGCUCACACAAACUACACCUUUGAGGUGGAGGCUGUGAACGGUGUCUCCGAGCUCACCAAACCACUGCGGCAGUACGUUUCUCUUAACGUCACAACCAACCAGGCUGCUCCAUCUCCCAUCACUGUGGUGAAGAGAGGGAAGACAGCGAAGAACAGCAUCUCUGUCUCCUGGCAGGAACCAGACCGAACCAACGGCAUCAUCCUGGAGUACGAGAUCAAGUACUUUGAGAAGGAUCAGGAGACCAGUUACACCAUCGUUAAGUCAAAAGAGACAGAGGUGGUGGUGGAUGGGCUGAAGCCAUCUUCAGCGUACAUUUUCCAGAUCAGAGCUCGCACCUCGGCUGGCUACGGAGGCUUUAGUCGACGCUUUGAGUUCGAAACCGGUCCCUACUUGUCCGCCUCCAGAGAUCAGGGCCGUGUGCCCGUCAUCGCCGUGGCUGUCACACUGGGCAUCAUCCUCCUGGCACUGAUCACCGGCUUUUUGCUCAGUGGAAGACGCUGUGGCUACAGUAAAGCAAAGCAGGAUCCCGAUGAGGAGAAAAUGCACUUCCACAAUGGCCACAUCAAAUUCCCUGGAGUGCGUACGUACAUCGAUCCUCACACCUACGAAGAUCCCAACCAAGCUGUCCACGAGUUUGCUAAGGAGAUUGAUGUCUCCUGCAUUACAAUAGAGCGUGUGAUAGGAGCUGGUGAGUUUGGAGAGGUGUGCAGUGGGCCACUGAGACUGCCAGGGAAAAGAGAGAUCGUGGUGGCUAUUAAAACGUUGAAAGCAGGGUACACUGAAAAGCAAAGACGAGACUUCCUGGCCGAGGCCAGCAUCAUGGGCCAGUUUGAUCACCCUAACAUCAUCCACCUGGAGGGCGUGGUCACGAAAAGCAAGCCAGUGAUGAUCAUUACAGAGUACAUGGAGAACGGAUCUCUUGACACUUUUUUAAAGAAGAAUGAUGGGCAGUUUACAGUGAUCCAGCUGGUUGGCAUGCUGCGUGGCAUUGCCUCGGGCAUGCGCUACCUCUCCGACAUGGGCUACGUGCACCGCGACCUGGCCGCCCGCAACAUCUUGGUUAACAGCAACCUGGUGUGUAAGGUGUCCGACUUCGGCCUGUCUCGAGUGCUAGAAGACGACCCGGAGGCGGCCUACACCACCCGCGGAGGGAAGAUUCCCAUCAGAUGGACAGCACCAGAGGCGAUCUCUUACAGGAAGUUCACCUCAGCCAGCGACGUCUGGAGCUAUGGGAUAGUCAUGUGGGAGGUGAUGUCAUACGGUGAAAGACCUUACUGGGAGAUGAGCAAUCAAGACGUGAUAAAGGCUGUAGAGGAGAGCUACAGGCUGCCGGGCCCUAUGGACUGCCCCACAGCUCUCUACCACCUCAUGAUGGACUGCUGGCAGAAGGACAGGAACAGCCGGCCCAAGUUUGAUGAGAUAGUGAGCCUCCUAGACAAGCUCAUACGCAACCCAAGCAGUCUGAAAAGCCUUGUCAAUCCCUCUAACAGGGUGUCCAAUUUAUUAGUGGAGCAUGGCAGUGCAGAGCUUUGUGCAUUCAGCUCUGUAGGGGAAUGGUUAGAUGCCAUAAAAAUGGGUCGAUACACAGAGCUUUUCAUGGAAAGUGGAUACACUUCAUUGGAUGUAGUCACUCAGAUGACCUUAGAAGAUGUAAGGAGGGUUGGAGUCACUCUGGCUGGGCACCAGAAAAAGAUCCUCAACAGCAUCCAGGAGAUGCGAGUCCAGAUGACGAAUGCCACUAUUCCCGUCUGAGGCAGCUCUUAGAGCUGGAGAUCUACAGUAGUAGCCUAGCACUUUUUCACCAGGGACACUUAUUUAUUGAAUAUGGAACUACUAAACUCUUAAAGGGAAACAACUCGAUAUUCCUGCAGAGCAAAAUGAGGAUCGAUUCAGUGACUGGACAGAGUUGCAAACAGUGUGUGUGUGCGUGUGUGUGUGUGCGCGUGUGUGUGCGUGUGUGUUUAUGCACAGCUCGUCAGCCUCUUGACAGCUCUGACAGGACCGAGUCAGACGUGUUGGCAAUGAAACAUUUGGAAAAGUGUGGCACAUUUCCAGGUAGGACCACUGAGCGGCUGGUGGGAGUCUCCGGGCUGAAUGUAUAGCACUUUUUCAAAACCUCAUGCAACGAUAUUAUUACCUCCAGAAAUCCACAAACUCUCCAGUCUACCUACGAUGACAGAUGUUAUUCCACAAGUUCACUCGGAGGAAAGGUCAUGCAGUAAGACUUGCACCAUAUCAAUCGGCGAAGGAAGAAGCGGCUGUGUAUUACAAAGCAAUAUUAGAUUUCAUGCUUGAUACCGAUUUCAUUUUCUUUUUGGAUGCGGACGAAGAAAUGGUUGCAUAUGUACAGUUUCCAUUUGCACAGUACGUGUCUUAAUCCAGGGGGAAAAUGCAUUUAAAAAAGUAUUAGGCUUCAAAAACAAAUAUUUGGCACCAGUUACGGUAAAGUUGUAUGUGUAAAUAGUGUACAGUUAGCUAAAGCAAUUCGUUCAUGUGGGGUUCAUAUACUUUUAGCUGGAAAACAUUAGUAAUAAGAUGUUGACAUAAAAAUAAGAAAUGUUUAUAGUGCUUUUGAGUAACAGCAGGUCAUUUUACAUUCGAUGUAUGAAUUCUACAAGUGGCUUUGUGCUAUUGACUUCUAUUUAUUUAAUUCAACCCAAACUUAACUAGCAUAUGAUUUUACUACUGUUUCUCUGCAGUUCAUAACAAAUAAUAUAAUUAUACAGGGGAAAAAUAAACAGUAGCUCUGAGUGUCUUUAUGAACUUGAGUUAUCGAGGUCAGUAUUCUCCCUGAAUGUCAGUACAGAUAAACAGCUCCUCUAUAGCCGCUCAUGAUUAUUUUCCACUUUUACGGUCAUUAUACAGUAAGAUCUUUGCUAGAGGAAACUGUAGUCAAACCAAAGCAUCACAUGAGCAGCAUAGAUUAAUGAGGUAAUGUUUACUGUAACAAGUGCCGUGUGCUUUGUGGCAUGAGCACACCGGUCAGUCGAGGAACGAGGACCACGCAGGUUCAAACCGCUUAGUGUGAAGUUUCGCUUGUAUUAUAAACGGCGCCGAGACUCAGCAAGCACACAGACAUUAUUCGUCUCAUCUUCCAUUUAGUUUCUAAGUGCUUCCACUUAUUUAGCAGUUAGCAUAAACUAUUUUUUUAUGCUAACUGAAUGUUCUGGGUCGAGUCCCAUCAGUUAAGACAAAAUAGUUUCUCAGUUUAUGAUUAUGUAACACAUUUUCCCAAAAACUAAUAAGGCAGAACAAACCCUUUCAGUUGUGUGGUGCAUUCGCGCACAACCGAAAGGCAUUCGAAUCACUUGUAAGGUGAUUUUUCAUUACGAAUAUUGCGUUAUUUAGUAUUACACAUGGAGCUUAACUGUUGAUGUUUUUGCAAAGAUUGUUAAAAAAGGGAUAUGAAGGAGAACUAACCGAACAUCAGCACACACUACAGAUGAUUUAUAAAAAUACAUUAAUGUCUGCGAACUAUUACGCGAAGUUUGCUGUUCUUUUUUUUUUUUUUCCUGUUGUCAGCACCUUAGACAACCUCUCUACUGAUAGUUCAUUUGUACUGAAUAUUCACUCUUUAACCAGCAGCAUGUUCUGCUAAGUGUUUUUAUUCAAGUUGUAUUUUUUAACCUCAAAUUAAAACUAGUUUUAUUACAACAAAAAAGGGCCAAGGAUAAAUUAAGCAAUCCUUUAUUUCUAAAGUGACCUUUAAUUUCUGUAUUUUUGGACUGAUCUUGUUCUUAGAUUUAAUCCUAAUUAGACGUUAAAGCACAGGUAAAUCAUUAAACAUGCAAUUUUAACACAGUUUUCCUGAAAGAAGAACAUGAACUAUAUGCACACUAUACGCCUCUCUCACAAUGAAAGACCGUUUCUGAAUUUUAAAUUGGCGUACAGCAGAUGUAGUUUUAAAACAUGAUCUGCAAGAUCUCAACACGGAUGAGAAUUACCUCAUACCAUCAACAAGACAAACCUUUUUAAUUGCUGAAAAGCCUGACAGAUCCUACCAUCUGAUCACUGAAAAUGUGACUCAAACCACAUUGAGGGUUUUACAGAACGCCACGGGGCCUCUUGAGAUCUUCCUUAUUAACACCGGCAUGUAGGAGAGAAACAUUGGAACAGGCAUGAAAAGAAAAUGUGCAUGAUAUUAAGGUGAGGUUUGCUCAAACGUUAUUUUCUAAGCAUAAAUAUGUUUUAUCCUGUCAUAAGCCACAAAUAUUUUAGGAUCAGAAUUGUUUUGAGGGAAAAAAAAGUUACAAGCACAGAAAAAAUGUUGUGUUGCUGUUGUGAUUAUUUGUCUACGCCCUUUUAUUGUGCGUUUUGUUUGUGUAAAUGUCUUUUGUAG